AUGAAUCUGAAAACCUUUCACGGGCAGGACCCAAAACUAACCUUAAUCAAAACCCACUGCCAAAUCUCGUCUACGACAAACUCCAGCAGCAAGCUCACAGUCAAUCCGCUAAUCAUCGUACCAGAACUUCAAAUCAAUAAAAGAUUCAUCAAUUGGAAACAACACCAAAAUCGCUGGCCAAAUCUUAGAGACGUAGAGCUAUCAAACUUUGACUGGAGAGAAGUUGGCAUUCUCAUUGGAGCAAACGUUCCUGAAGCUCUUCGACAAUUAGAUCUCCGACAAUCAUCAAACGGAAGCCUUGAUGGAGUAAAAACACCAUUUGGUUGGACGGUACAAGGAAACGCGCCCAAAGAAGUUUGUCUCUCCACCACCGUCUCAUGUAACAGCAUCCAAGCAAAAGAAAACGAUGACGUCCUCACGCAGUUUUGGCUGCAGGAAAUGUGUGGUUCACUAGAAGACAAUAGAAGGAUAAUAUCUUUGAAAGACAAAAACGCGCUCGCCAUCUUAAAGAAAACGAUCAGAAAAAUAGGCAGUGCAUCUGAACCAAGGUAUGAAAUUGGGCUCCCCUUCCUGACGCCAUCAGUUAAACUACCCAACAACAGGAGCGCCGCGCUUAGACGUCUGCACGCAGUGGAAAGUCGCUUUCGCACGGACCCAGUGUACGCCCAAAAGUAUAGUAAAGCAAUUGAGCUAUACAUGGACAUGGGGUUCGCUCGUCGAUUGCAAAUGAGUGAAUUAAAGGGACCGGUAGGAAAAACUUGGUACGUUCCUCACGGACUAGUCGAGCAGCCAAACAAACCAGGCAAGUCGCGACUAGUUUUCGACGCCCGGAGCAAGUUCAACAACAUUUGCCUGAAUGAUGCCCUCCACAAUGGCCCACUGCUAAUGACCGAUAUGUUGGACGUACUAUUCUUCUUCCGAGAGAAACCACACGCCGUGAGCAUGGACAUUAAUAAAAUGUUUCUUCAAGUACGGGUUAGACCCGAAGAUCAAACUGUGUUUCGGUUUUUCUGGCGACGCCCAGGAGACCCGGGCCCACCGAUCGCGCACCAAAUGUUGGUCCUCAUAUUCGGUGCAAGCUCCUCUCCAACGUGUGCUGCUUACGUUUUACGCCACAUCGUCGAGGAUCACCCGGAAUAUGCUGACGUGGCUGAGCUUAUAGCUAAAAAAUUCUACGUGGACAACUAUUUGGACUCGUUCAACACAAUAGAAGAAGGAAUAGCAACCUGCCGCAGGCUACGGGAGUUGCUGUUCCUGGGAGGUUUUGUCCUCGGCCAGAUGGCGACCUCGGCCAGAGAGAUCCUUCAGUCGCUACCAGCUACCGAGCGCGCCAAUCCGGAUCUCAACAUAGACCUGGACGCCCUCCCGGUUCAUCGAAUCCUCGGACUGGAAUGGAACGGCGAAGGAGACCAUUUCUUCUUCACCCUCGUCAUACCGACAGCGAUAACGAAAAGACAAGUCCUGUCCGCCGUAUCCGCGAUCUACGACCCGAUGGGAUUUCUGGCGGCAGUUACAAUAACCGCCAAAGUAUUGCUGCAAGAUGCAUGGCGCGUAGGUCGCGACGUACAGCCCGACGGACGGCGUCCGAAGAAAUUGGGGUGGGACCACCCGCUACCGCCGGACUUGCAAGAGCGGUGGGACUGCUUCGUAAGGAGCCUGGAAAGCCUUCGGGAACUUCGAGUGCCACGUUGUCUCCGCCCAACCUCGUUUCCUGCAAACGACACGACAAUCACACUUCACCUCUUCUGUGAUGCCUCAUUAUUUGCCCUAGGAGCCAGCUUGUUCCAACGAAGUGAGUGUCGCGGAAAAAUCGCUCUUCGCCUGGUCGCAGCCCGAUCAAGAGUGGCCCCGGUAAAACAACAAACAUUGACUCGGUUGGAGCUAAUGGCCGCGCUGCUUGGAGCACGGCUCCUCAAACGGUAUCUUCAGCUACUACAGCUUCCCUGCUGGUCGCAUUGGUGUUGGUCAGACUCCGAUAACGUCCUCUACUGGCUGCGUUCGGAGGCUACGCUAUACGCCCAGUUCAUCAGCAGCCGCAAAGAACAGAUAUUGUCCGUCUCACCUGCGUCCAGGUGGCGUCAUGUUCCCUCAGAACUAAACCCCGCCGACGACCUAAGCCGAGGAAUAGAAGCGAGCGAGCUGACAGAAGGCCACCAAAGCCUAGCAGGACCUGCCUUUCUGCUAAUGGGAGAAGAGGAGUGGCCACAAAGGUUCGGAGGAGGAGCGGUGCAGCCGGAAGCCCUGGAAAUCGUAAGGCCAGUAGCUGUGUGUGAGGAGGUGAGGGUGAAUGCCGUGGUGGCGACAGAAGCAGGAGCUUCCAGUCCUCCCCCGCCGACGAUCGGCAAUAUAAUCGAAUCCAGCACCACGGUCUCCGCUCUUAAGCGAUCCGUCGCCGGGUUGAAUGCUGCCCCGGGCGAGGAGUUAACGCCGUCAUUGUUGCGGGCUGGUCUAGAUUGCUGCAUAAAAAUGGCCCAAAAGUCAGCGUAUGCCAGCGAGAUCAAUGCGUUGGCCAAAGGCAACCAAAUCGGACGCGAUUCACCGCUCCGCAAACUCUCUCCAUUUCUUGAUCCAGAUGGUUUGUUGCGAGUGGGAGGACGCCUGCAACAAGCCACUAUGAACGAGGACGCCAAGCAUCCAGUUAUCUUACCCCAUCACCACAAGUUGACGAGGCUCAUCAUCGUCAACACCCAUGAGUCUCGAUUUCACGCCUCGACCGAAAGGACACUCUAUGAGGUGAGCGCCACCUAUUGGAUCGUCAGAGGAAGAAGAACGGUGCGCCAAGUGGUCGACUCCUGCCUAGACUGUCGGAAGCGACACGCGAAACCAUUGGCUCCGGAAAUGGCACCCCUUCCCGCCUGUAGAGUGACGCCUUUCCAACCACCGUUCAGCAAUGUCGGGGUCGAUUACUUUGGCCCACUGCACGUUCCAGUCAAGCGGAGUACGGAGAAAAGGUACGGGGUGCUAUUCACCUGCCUCGUCACGAGGGCUGUCCACCUGGAGCUAGCCAACACCCAGGACACAGACUCAUGCCUCAUGGCCUGGCGUCGCUUCGUAGCUCUGCGAGGCUCCCCAAAGAACGUGUAG